CUUCAUCAUCUUGUGUUUUUUUGCUCUCUCUCUCUCUCUCUCUCUGUGGUAACUAAAUAACUAAAACCACAGCGAUCAUCCUCAUCAUCAUGACAGCAAAUCAAACACAAAAAUAUAUCCAAUAUACAAUGAUCAUCAUUCCACAUAAUCGUAAUCUGGCCACAUCGAUUUUCGAUUCAGAUUUAUUUGAAAUCUUCACUCAACAUUUCGAUUUUUUUUUUGAUUCGUUUUCAAUUCAUUUUUAAUUGAAUUUCAUUUUUUCUCUUCUUGUACUUCCUUAUUUGGACUGAAUAAUGUGGGCAUCAUCAUCAUCAUCACCAUCAUUAUCAUCACAAUUUUCAUGGAUUCUAUUGUCACUUUACAUACUAGGUAGUACAACAACAAUACAAAUAUUAAAAUCUGAAGUCAAUUAUGAUGAAAUAUUAUUGGAAGAAAAUGAAAAAAUACGAAAUGAACGACAAACUAUCGUCAAUGCUCAUUGGAAUCUUGAAACAAAUAUCACCGAUUAUAAUGAAGAAUAUCUUACUAAAGUUAAUAAAGAAUAUGAUAAUUUCCGCAAACGGCAAUACAACACAAUCAAACAAUAUCUUACUGAUGAACAUAAACGUAAUAUGACUGAAAGUCAACGGCGACAAUUUGAACGAUUAGGUUUUCUUGGAUUCUCUGUACUUGGUGAAAAUGAAGGUAUUGAAUUUAAAAAUAUACAAAUUCAAAUGGAAAAAAUCUAUAGCGUUGCAACUAUUGAAAUGGAUGCGGGCCGGAAUCUGUCAUUAGAACCAGAUUUGAAUAAAAUUUAUGCCACAUCAACCAAUGAAUCAUUAUUGAAAGAUAUUUGGAUUAAAUGGCGUGAUCAAACUGGUAAAGAAAUUCGAAAACAUUUUAUCAAUUAUAUACGAUUAGGUAAUAAAGCGGCUAAAGAAUUGGGCUAUAAAAAUAUUGUCGAUAUUUGGAUGUUUGAUUGGGAAAAUGGUGAUGAUAUUAAACAACAAGUUGAACAAAUUGUCAAUGAUUUGAUGAAACUUUAUGAAAAAAUACAUGCAUAUGUACGAUAUCAUUUGGCAAAAAAUUAUAAUGUAUCAAUGCCCAUUGAUGGAACAAUACCGGCACAUUUAUUGGGAAAUCUGUGGGGACAAACCUGGGGCAAUCUAUUGACAAUUUUUCCAUCAAUGCAAUUGAAACCAGAUUUACCAUCAUUGGAUAAGGAAAUUAAUGAAAAAUUAAAGAAUUGGACCGUGAAACAAAUGUUUGAAAUGUCGGAGAAAUUUUUCAUCAGUCUUGGAAUGAAAAAUAUGACUAAAAUAUUUUGGGAAGAAUCAAUAAUUGAAAAAAGAAAUGAUGUUGAAAUGGUUUGUCAUGCAUCGGCUUGGGAUAUGUUUGUAAUGCAUGAUUUUCGUAUCAAACAAUGUACAGAGAAAACAUUAGAAGAUCUGGUCACUGUUCAUCAUGAAAUGGGACAUAUUCAAUAUUUUAUGAACUAUGAAGAAAGACCGACCGUUUAUCGUGAAGGUGCUAAUCCUGGAUUUCAUGAAGCCAUUGGUGAUUUAAUGGCAUUAUCAGUAAUAACGCCUGAACAUUUAACCAAAGUUGGAUUAUUGGAUAAAUCACGGAUUGAAAAAAAUCUUGAAGAUUUAAAUCUUAAUUAUCUAUUACGUGUUGCAUUGGAUAAAAUUGCUUUUUUACCAUUCGCUUUCGUAAUGGACAAAUGGCGAUGGGAUAUAUUCGAUGAUGAUGAUGAUCAGGAUAAUGACGAUAAACGUAUUGAUCACAUGAAUCGUCAUUGGUGGGAAUUACGAUUAAAAUAUCAAGGAAUAUCACCACCAGUUAAACGUAGUGAAAUUGAUUUUGAUCCUGGUUCUAAAUAUCAUAUACCAGCCGGUGUUGAAUAUGUACGAUAUUUUGUAUCACAUAUAUUGCAAUUUCAAUUCUAUAAACAUUUAUGUCAAAAUGUAACCGAAAAAAAUAAACUCUAUCAAUGUGAUUUUUAUGAAAACAAAGAGGCUGGCCAACAAUUGAUCACAAUGUUACAAAAAGGAUCAUCUGAUCGUUGGCAAAAUGUAUUGAAAGAUUUUAUUGGCACAUCAAAAAUGAGUUCCGAUGCACUUUAUGAAUAUUUUGCACCAUUAAAUCAAACAUUAACGGAUUUUAUUGUCAAAAAUCAAAUCAAAGUCGGUUGGGAUGCAAAAGUUGAUGAUUAUUUCAUUGAUGGACCUGAUUCAUCUUCUGCUUCUAAAACACAAAUAGUGACCACAAUGCAAAUUUUCAUCAUAACAACAACAGCAACAACAUUAUUGUCAAUAUUUUUUAUUAUUUAAACAAUUUGGACACAAA